UAGCGCUGCAUAUUGUAUGUUGUAUGUACAAACGAUGAGAGAUCCCGAUCUAUUGACAGAUAUUCCGGAGCUAUCAAAUGAUUCGCCCGAAAUGGAUCUUAGCAUUUAUCCGGAAAGGCAAAGAUUCCCUUUUUGCAUCGUUUGGACCCCUUUGCCAUUGCUAACAUACUUCCUGCCAUUUAUUGGACACAUGGGCAUUGCAACAUCAACAGGAGUAAUAAGAGACUUUGCUGGUCCGUAUCAUGUUUCUGAAGACAAUAUGGCAUUUGGUAAACCUACCAAAUAUUGGCAACUAGAUUAUACCAAGGCCAAAGGAAGCAUACAAGGAUGGGACGCUGGUGUGGCAGAAGCUAGCGAAAUUUAUAAAACUAGAAUGCACAAUUUAUGUUGCGAUAAUUGUCAUUCACAUGUGGCAACAGCUUUAAACUUGAUGUCGUAUGAUAAUUCAAGCAGCUGGAAUAUGGUGAAACUUGCUUUUUUUAUGUUAUUGCAUGGGAAAUAUGUAAGUGUUCUGGGAUUUCUUAAAACUUGGUUACCAUUCUGCAUAUUUGUUACAGUUGUACUAAUAUUAUGUCUGUGCAUAUAAUUACAUAAAAUAGUCAAUUUAGAUUAUAUAUUUAAGAUACAAUCUUAUCUUCAGAUACUUAUUACAACAGAGAAGAUUUGACGAAAACAUAUUUAUAGAAUAU